AUGUGCAAAAAUGGUCGUGCAGCGCCACUGCCGAAACGUAUACUCGCAAUUGGGAGCGAUGAACAUACCGCUUCUUAUGACGUUCGACUCACCGGACCCACAGACGGCUUUUCAGCGUCAUAUGAAGCACUGUCGCAUUUCUGGGGACACAGUCGAUCAUGUUUGACAACGGAAGAUUCGUUCUGCGAUAGGACGAAAGGCAUUGAGUGGGCAACCUUUCCUGCAUCCUUCCAGGAUGCCAUCAAAAUGGCGCCGUUACUCAAAGUCAAAUAUAUUUGGAUCGAUUCCUUGUGCAUCAAACAAGACGACCUAGAAGAUUGGAAUACGAAGUCUGCAAAGAUGGCUGACAUCUACCAAGGAGCAUACAUCACGCUCUCGGCUACUGCAUCCUCUGGAGAUGCUUAUGGAUGUUUUGCUUUCACACCUCAAAGCCUUAAUGAUGUUGAGAUCCAGCUUCCUGAUGGUCUCAGACCCAUCAAGAUCGCUGUCUACAAGGCUGUCAUACACUGGGAUGAGGACACUCCAAGGGCCAUGCGCGAUCGGUUUCUCCUCAUGACUAGGGGUUGGGCCUAUCAAGAAAGACUGCUAUCUCGUCGAGUGUUACAUUUAAUCAAGACUGAGUUGGUCUGGGAGUGCCGAAGCCUGGUGACUUGUGAAUGCAAAUGGCUCAGUCAGCGCUCGAGUCCGGGAGGGAACUUUGAGCAAUCACUCGAGGCACGGAAGGGUGAGCAACGCGCCAAUACCGGACACCAGCUUCAACUCAACCAGACCUCGGAAGACUGGUUAAUCAUAGAGUGGAUACAAAACGCCACUAACGAAAAGGAACAGGAAAGAAUGAGACGGUCAAAGAAACUAUCGCAGAAGGACAAGCCGCCGAAAGAAAGACGACGGAGGAGAAAGCGGCCUUUUGCACCACAAACAGAGCGGUCAGAAGCACUUUCAUGGUUUGACUUCUUCACAAUCACGGUCGAGGAAUGGGGCAACCCAAAAGCUGAUAAGCUAGCCAACAAACUAGCUACAUAUCUUGCAGACGUCAGGGAGUGCGCUGAUUACGGGCUCCAUUUCCAUCGAGUUAUCGAGACAUAUUCGGGACUUCGCCUGACCAAACGUUCUGACCGCCUCAUCGCGUUGUCUGGCGUUUGUAAUUUCGUUCAAGGUAUUCGCGGAAAAUACGCAGCAGGUCUGUGGAAACAUUCGCUUUGUUUCGAUCUGCUGUGGCGGGUUGAGCGACUGGACGUCGACGUGGUCGAGAACGACGAUAGCGCUUCGUAUCAUGGGCAAUCAUGGUCUUGGGUCUCGGUCAACUGUACCGUUGUGUAUUGGACUGUCAUCAUCGAUUCAUCGAUGCCACACGACUGCUUCGAUUUACCAGUCAAGAAGAAGACGGACGACAGUAUGCACAGUUCACGAAGACAACUUGCUUUGCACGGAGUAUCUCAAAUGAUUCCGUGCACAUCAAGCUAG